AUGGAGGUUGACGAUUUCGAAGCUAGAACGGCGACAUUCUCAUCAUGGCUCAAGGAAAUGGGUGUCCGGACUAAUCCAAAGAUGGCAUUGGUUGACCUCCGUCAAGAAGGACGAGGGCGAGGUGUCGUGGCCACAGGAGACAUUGAUGAUGACGAGAUCAUUUUCAGCAUUCCGCGCAAUGCCGUUCUGAAUGCUCAGAACGUGGCCCCUCUUCCCGUCUCGAGGCGAUUGUUUGAGAAGAUGCCGAGUUGGCUAGUGCUUACUUCGAUACUUAUGACGGAAGCACAAAUGGAAAAUUCUAAGUGGGCUCCGUACCUUGCGGUACUUCCAGAGCGACUGGACAGCUUAGUGUUUUGGUCGGACAGCGAGCUCGCGGAACUGCAAGCAAGUGCAGUGGUGAAGAAAAUCGGAAAAAAGGAUGCGGAAGAUAUGUUCAAAUCCUACAUAGCCCCGCAAGGCUUAAAGCACUCUAGCACGGAGAUGUGUCACAAAGUAGCUUCUGUUAUCAUGGCCUACGCAUUCGACAUACCAGAUCCUUCCGAUGCCCCAACCUCCGGUGGCAAAGGAGGCGAAGCUGGAGACGACCUGGUUUCCGAUGAUGGCGAAGAUGAGAAAACUAUAUUAUCCAUGAUUCCAUUGGCCGAUAUGCUUAACGCGGAUGCAGACAGGAACAAUGCUCGCUUGAUCUGCGAUAACGAGGAGCUAGAGAUGAGAGCAAUCAAACCUAUUAGCAAGGGAGAAGAAAUAUUCAACGAUUAUGGCCAGCUCCCUAGGUCCGACCUUCUCAGGAGAUAUGGAUAUGUCACAGAUGGAUACUCUGCAUAUGAUGUCGCCGAGAUCUCAGCGGAGCUCAUUGUUUCUCUGUUCCGGAACGGCAAGGUCCAUCCAUCUUUGCAUAAGCUCACGCAAGACGGUUUAAAGACACGGCUUGAGCUGGCCGAACGAGAAGGAGUCUACGAAGACUCUUUUGACCUUGUCCACUCUAGUCCGGAUGAGCCAAGUAUACCAGACGAACUCUUGGCAUUUCUGUAUCUCUUGCUUGUUGACGAAAGUCAUCUUAAAGCUAUCUUGAAUUCAGAGAGCAGCAUACCCAGCCGUUCCAAACUUACAACAGAGCUCGCGGGUCAGGUCCUAGCAACUUUGUUACAAGCGAGGGAGAAAGAAUAUUCAACUACCCUUGAAGAGGAUGAAGAUCUACUCAAGAAUGCAGAUCUUCCGGUUAGGCACGCCAUGGCAAUUCAAGUACGUUCCGGAGAGAAGAAAGUGCUGCGAGCAGCUAUGCAAGAAGCAACUGCCUUUUCUUGUGGCAACCAUCGUAUGAGACUUGUGUCUUCACAAGAGGGAAUGAAGAAGAACGCGAAGAGAAAAGGAGAGGAGACGGAACAGCCAAAGAAAAAGGGUCGUGCUCGGUAG